AUGACGCACAGUCGCGACCAUCUCAUUGACGGAGAAACGAAUAUUCGCCCAGAUUUUUCGAUACUCGAGUAUAUGUGGAGCAAUGGUCUGAUGAGCGAUGCGGAUCACGCUUUGGCAAAGCAAUAUACCGAACGUCCAUUAGUACAUGGUCUCGUACGAAAGGGUUUUGUGACUCCUGAAGCAAAAUACAAACAGGAAAGAGAGUCUGAAGUUCAGCACAAUCUGCAAAAAGAGGAAAGAAAUCGUAAACGUUCAGAUCAGACGCACAAAGGCAUCGAACAUCAGAGGUCAACUUCAUCAAGAAAGUAUAUGCCAGUAUCCAUCGAGCAUUCAAAACACACUUGA